AUGCUCCAGACUGUGCGUGACGAAGAGGAACUUCCGAAAAUAGGUCGCACCUCAUUUUACCAUAUUCUACAAGAACUCAAUUUUACAUAUGUUAAAAGGAAAAGAAACAGCUUCUUGACAGAGCGAGAUGACCUGAUUAAGUGGCGUAGAGUAUAUCUGGAAAAUAUCCGACAAUAUCGUGCAGAAGGGUGGAAAAUAUACUACUUGGAUGAAACGUGGGUAAACGCAGGUGAUGUCACUAACAAAGUCUGGUAUGACAAGUCCAUUCAAUCGGCAAGAGAUGCUUUUAUCAGAGGCUUAUCGACGGGACCACCAAUUCCGAGUGGAAAGGGAAAGAGCCUAAUUGCGCUGCACAUCGACAGUACAGAAGGCUUUGUGGAUGGUGGUUUUCUGUGUUUUGAGUCAAAAAAAAAUUCUGCAGACUACCAUGACGAAUUGAAUGGGUAUAAUUUCAAGCAGUGGUUCGUAAACAUUUUGCCAUCACUUCGAACUAAACCCCAUUGA